AUGGCCAAAGGAAACAAUCCAAUAGAGGAGAAUACCACGCUGAUGAAUGGUAACAACAAAGCGGCUGACUACGAUGAGUCCUUCUCGCGUUUCCUCUACAACAAGGAUAGAGGCACUGUGCUGGGCAGAACGGCGAAAUCGUGGUCAGCUUUUUGGAUUGCUUGUCUUGCAAUAUUCCUCAAUACUCUUGACUCGAAAGUGCCACGCUUUUACGGUAAAGGGACUAUCAUUGGAAUUAAUCCCGGUACGUUAUCCUUUGUUCUUCCGCUCUUUUCUCAUGGAGUCUCGGCUUUUAUUCGCCCUUGCUCUGAUCUUGUCUUUGCUUUGCUGGGCCAGGACUUUGUUUGA